AUGGGGGAGCCACCGCCCAACCCUGACCCCUCUACCCAGAGUCCAAAGACUUCCCAAAAUUCAGACAGGCGCAGUCGGGAGGCCUCGCAGCCCCUGAUCACCAUCCUGGAGGAUGUGCUGCGCAGACCUCCGCAGCAGAGCAGUCAGGGCGCACCCCUGCCCGACAUCCCCUGGACACAGAGGGCCAGCCUGACCGAAGAUGAUAACCUGGCCGAGGAAGGCCCUGAGGGCGGCAUAGAGUACCAGCCCAGGAGCCCAAGCUACCCGGCUGGCUUUUCCUUGGAGUUCCCGCCGUCACAGCAGUUCUUCCUGGACGAGAGUGGGAUGAUGCAGCAGUAUCUGGAGGGCCAGGGCCUCUUCCUCCAGCAACUGGAGUCCACCUACCAGGACCCGGGCACCAACCUCAUGGGCCAGUUCAGCAUGUACCAGAGAGAAGACCAGCUGUUCGGCCAGGCCACCCAGCACGGGCCCUACCUGAGGGAUGACCCUGCCCUCCUCCUAGGGCCCUCUGAUCUGGGCUUCAUGCCCUUCAUGGGAGAGGUCCCUGAUCCCGAACCCCGUGAGCUGGCAGUGCAGAACGCCAAGGCCUACCUAUUGCAGACCAGUGUGAACUGCAACCUCAGCCUGUACGAACACCUGGUGAACCUGCUGACCAAGAUUUUGAACCAGAGGCCUGAGAACCCCUUGUCCAUCCUGGAGUCUCUGAAUCGCACCAUGCAGUGGGAAUGGUUCCACCCCAAGCUAGACACCCUUUGGGAUGACCCUGAAAUGCAGCCCACCUACGAGAUGGCAGAGAAACAGAAAGCCCUGUUCAGCAGGGGUGGCAGAAGAGAGGGCGAACAGGAAAUGGAAGAGGAGGUGACCGACAGCCCGGUGCCCAAUAUGAUGGAGACUGCAUUCUACUUUGAGCAGGCAGGCGUGGGCCUGAGCUCAGAUGAGAGUUUCCGCAUCUUCCUGGCCCUGAGGCAGCUGGUGGAGCAACAACCGAUCCACACGUGCCGCUUCUGGGGCAAGAUCCUGGGGCUGAGCCGUAGUUAUCUGGUGGCGGAGGUGGAGUUCCGGGAGGGCGAGGAGGAGGAGGUGGAGGAGAUGAUGGAGGGCGAGGUCUUGGAGGCUCACGGCGAGGAGGAGGGCGAGGAGGAGGGCGAGGAGGACGAGGAGAAGGUGGUGGACCCGGUGCCCAAGCCACAGUGGAAGCCACCGCCCGUCAUCCCCAAAGAGGACAGCCGCACGGGCGCCAACAAGUACCUGUAUUUCGUGUGCAAUGAACCGGGCCGGCCAUGGACACGGCUGCCGCACGUCACGCCUGUGCAGAUCGUGCAAGCCCGCAAGAUCAAGAAGUUCUUCACCGGCUACCUAGACACUCCAGUCAUCAGCUACCCGCCCUUCCCUGGCACCGAGGCCAACUACCUGCGCGCGCAAAUCGCGCGCAUCUCGGCCGCCACGCACAUCAGCCCGCUCGGUUUCUAUCAGUUCGGUGAGGAGGAGGGGGAUGAAGAGGAGGAGGGCGGCGCGGGACGCGACUCCUUCGAGGAGAACCCCGACUUUGAGGGCAUCCCCGUGCUGGAGCUCGUAGACUCUAUGGCUAACUGGGUUCAUCACAUGCAGCACAUCCUGCCACAGGGCCGCUGUACCUGGGUGAACCCUUUGCAGAAGACAGAGGAGGAGGAGGAGUUGGGGGAGGAGGAAGAGAAGGCAGAUGAGGGGCUGGAGGAGGUGGAGCAGGAGGUCGGACCCCCGCUUCUGACCCCUCUCUCGGAAGAUGCAGAAAUCAUGCACCUGUCGCCGUGGACCACCCACCUCUCAUGCAGCCUCAGCCCACAGUACUCAGUGGCAGUGGUGCGCUCAAACCUCUGGCCAGGGGCCUAUGCCUAUGCCAUUGGCAAGAAGUUUGAGAACCUCUAUAUCGGCUGGGGUCACAAGUACAGCCCAGAGAACUUCAACCCACCCCUGCCAGCACUGAUUCAGCAGGAGUACACCAGUGGCCCAGAGAUCAUGGAGAUGAGCGAUCCCACAGUGGAGGAGGAGCAGGCCCUGAAGGCUGCCCAGGAGCAGGCCCUGGCUGCUGCCGAGGAAGAGGAGGAAGAUGAGGAGGAGGAAGAUGAGGAGGAUGUGGAAGACUGAGCUCCCCAAGCUCCUUCCUACAGGCUUUCUACCUUCAAAUAGUUAGUUAUGAUUAUAUUUUCCUGUUGGCUGCCCUUGCAGGGCCUGGGUAGAGAGGACCGAAGCUGUGCUAAAUAAAAUUCCCCUAUGGC